CUACUUCAUUCCCGUCACACGCGGCUGUCUGGUAGCGCCUCAGCUUUGACUUCCGUAACUUCACUGACAUGAACAAGACAAGUCUAGUCCACCAGUAGCGUUCACGCAAUCGUGAUUAAAAGAGUGUGACGACAUGUGGGAAUCAGACUCUGAUAGUGACUGUUUCGAGGAAUAUCUUGGCUAUAGAAGUCGAAUGAGAGAUAGCCGUCGUCUUUCAUAUCAUGCCAGAGCUGCCACCUUCAGCCCAACAGAUGAAAUUAUCGAACGAUGGAGCACUAUCCCGAACGAUAUCAAGCUGUUGGCUUUAAUGAAGAUGAAACUUUGUGUCUUCUGGCUUCCCACUCUGCUGAACCGUGACGACACCAGCCCCAUAACUCAGUGGGCUCUGGAAGUUGGUCUUAUCAACUCAAGUUAUGAUAUGACUAUGAAACAGCUGCACAAGAUAGAACUAGUAGAAACCAUUUUCAGAGCAAUGGAGAAAGGAACUAUGAGGAACGAAAAAACAAAACAGGCUUUCUGCAUCAGCAACAGGUUUAACCUGCGCUCCACUGAGGUGAUGGAGGAUGCUGUAAGGUGGUUGGAGCAGACAGAAGAAAACAUUGAUCUGAGACGAAUCGAAGAGUUUGGACACAUCAACACCGGCUACACUGUCCUGAAGGUUCUCUUCACAGAGUUUGUUCGAUUUAUGUAUAAAAUGGGUUCCAACUUGGACAGGACGAUGAACACACUACUGGCUCAACCACCUCCAUGUGACAGAGACAAAUGUGAGGAAAUGAAGAAGAAAGGAAAUGAGAAAUUUCAGAAUCAGCAGUAUGAAGAAGCUGUGCAGUUUUACUCCAAAGCCAUCAAAUAUAACCCUGAAAAUCAAAUGGUUUAUGGAAACAGAGCCCUGUGUUUCAUCCGCUCUAAGAAAUAUCUAAAAGCUGUGUGUGAUGGGAAACGAGCUGUUCUGAUUGACCCUCACUGGGCGAAGGCUCAUUACCGCUACUGUGAAGCUUUGUUCUUGAUGGGAGAGCUCAAAAUGGCAAUUACAGCAAACAAGAUAGGCCGGUGUUUGUGCAAGAAGGACCAGGAGGGGUACAAAGACCUGGAACAACAAUGCAUGAAGUUUGUCACCGAGAUGGAACAAAGUGAACGGCAAAGUAAAGAUAGACAGGAGAGCACUAAGAAAACCCAAGCAGCGGAGACGAAGUCAGCUGAGUCGAAGACAGAGUCUAAAUACCAGCGUUUUACCAUCGAUGCCGUCAUGAACGCUCCCCAGAGUAAGGCUCCUGAGGUUAAAACCAGCGAGAAACCAGAGGCUAAAACCAACAAGCAGCCAGGGAAAAAUGAGAAGAUGACACAGGCUGAGAGCACAGCUAAAGCCUCCAAAGCAGCGAAAAGUGAGUCUUCUUCAAAGAGUGCCAAAGCAGAGUCCAGCGCAGCCACAAAGAAGAAAUCAAAGAACAAAAACUCUCAGUCUGAAAAUGAGAAACCAAAAGCGGUUAAUCUCAAAGCAGCCGCGUGUAAAGAGCUGAAGUCGAUGGUGCAGGAUGCUCACACAGCUCUGACCGACCUCCGCAGCCACAACGCAGAGCAGGCUUUCAGCCAAGCUCUGGCGUUAGUGGAGGCCAACAACCUAAAGGAGCUCGGCCUCUCCACCCUGGACGUCCUGUUGCUGCUGUAUGGCCGAGCUUUGGCCCUGACAGAGAUUGGCCAGCCUGAGGAACUUGGGCAGGCACAGAAACUUCUGGAUAAGAUUAAAUCUUAUGAGGAGAGGAUGUUUCAGUGCCUGGUUUUCUACGCCAUUGGGAAGGUGUACCUCAGAGAGAACCGGUUUGCAGUUGCUCUGGAGCAGUUUUCUGACUCUCUGCAGAUGGUGAAGAAUCAAAUAACACCUGGUAAACUCACCUGGCCGCUAACCAAAGAGAUUGUCAAAGAAACUCAGCCAGACUAUUUCAAGGAAAUUCUGGAGAAUAAUCUAGAGUUGUGCAGGUUUCCUCCUCCUCCCGAUGCUAUCUGUCGGCUAGUGAAAUGUAACGGCGCUUCCAAAGCUGAAAUCUACUUCACAGAUCCAGAUUUUAAGGGCUUCAUUCAGAUAAGCUGCUGUCAGAGCUGCACUGUUGAAUACCACAUCGCCUGCUGGAAGACGAUGAAGACGUCGCCUGUUUUUGAAAAGAGUGAUAAGGAUUUCCUGCAAGAGUCCUGUUUUACUCCAGACUGUGUCGGUAAAAUCUCUUGUAUCAAAAUCUACGGUCCAACUGGUCUGGUGAAAUGUAAGUUGGAAGAUACCAUCCCCAAACCACAGACUCCAAAGAAGCCAAAAGUGAAUCAGAAGUGUACGAGUCUGAAGAAAUUAAAAUCUAAAGAGGAGCGCAAACUGAGGAGGAAGCAGAUGAGGAAGUCUAGUCAAGAAAAUCAGGAGAGCAGCAGCGAGAUUCUGCAGAAGAAAGAAGAUUCAGCGACACAGAGUCAACAGAAAGCCUGGCAGCGGUACCGGGACCGGGUACUUCUUCAGAUCAGCCAGCACAUGGAGCUGCUGAGAGAGGAGAAAGGACUCCAGGUGUCGAUUCUGACCGGCAGUCUGAAGCCGUGGCUGGAGCUGGACUUGUCCAGGGGGAACCAGGUCGCACGGAGGAUUCUGAACCUGCAGGAGGAGCAGCCGGACUCGACUCUGGGUCAAACUGUGGAGCUUCUGCUGGAGAGGAAAAACCGCGUAUGGGCUCGAGUCUUUGUCCAAAUCCUCAGUGGCUGUCCGGACAUAAAUCCUAAACUCAACAAAUGGGCCUGCCAGCUCAACAAUGCAGGUCUGAAUGCCGCCAAAUCCUUCAUCGAGCGCUACGCGGGACACCUGGAACAGCUGGACUUGGCUUUUUUGCUCAACUUUAGCCCAUUGCAGGAGGUGAUAAUAGAGAAGCUUGGGACUAGGCCGGAGCUUUUUUCAAGCAUUGGCUUGACUGUGACUGAAUACCUAAAACAAGCUCCACCUCAUGACAUGAGACUGUUUAUCUGGACACUGGAGGAGCAUAGAGAAGACUAUGACUCCUGCCACACAUUACUGGAUGAAUAUUUUGAUCUGAUGGAUGGACAUUGUUCAGUCUUAAAAAAGUCUGAUGAAAAUCAAAAUAUUUCUCCUAUGAAGAGUCGAGGUCGAAAAAAGAAACACAGAGAGCCAAGGAGUGUUUUUGUUUUCCCCACAAAAAGAGACGAGUUUGAACAAGACUAUAUUGAGGAUGACUCUUUAUCAUUCCUUCACCCCGGUGAUCCCUUCAGUGUACCGAGUCAUCUUCGAGAGCAGGUGGCGGAUUUUGAGGAGCAGUACAACAACGGCCGUCACAGAAAUCACUAUAAGAACAUUUUGGACAACAACCCCGACCCGACAAAAGAGAGUUUGUAUGACUACUUUGCUCAGAUCUUGGAGGAGCACGGCCCCCUCAUGGCUGAGGACCGUCUGUUGGUGGGUGAACUGGAAAAUUUCCCCGCUGUGGCUCAGCAGAAGAUCAAAGACGCAGGCGGGUUCGAGUGUUUCCUUCUGGAGUCCCUUCGCUUCAUAAAGAUGGGGCGAUGCAUCGGGUUGACCAGACAUGCUGUCUCCCUACAGCAGGCUGGACAUGGAGCAAGGCUGGAUGAGCUUGAUGACCUGGAUGACCUGGACAACCUGGAUGACCUGGACGACAUAGUGGAUACUAAACCAAAAAAUCCUCCUGAUUUAACGCUGGGUCAUGAAGCUGCUUUUACUCCAUAUUUGGACAGUAUUUCAUCUGCACAAACUCGAACAUAUCCCAUCCUCCCUAACCCUUAUAACGUGUUUGUAUUUGGCUCUCAGCCUUCUCCACCAGUCAACAGCGCUGUUACUGUUAAUGAUGAUUGCCUUUCUCGGUGGACUAACAGUGAUGGUCAGCAGCAGAGCCCUGUUUUUGUAGCUAAUGAUGAAGAAACAGACCUUUAUUGUAGUGACGCUGAAGGAGGACUUGUAGAAACAGAUUCAUCCUCAGAGGGAGUUGCUUCAGUGUCAAAUGAGGAAAACCUUUUGAAGAAACACGCUGCAGUUCAGACGUGUCAGGAGACGAUGAGGAGUGUAGCUGUGAACACUGAGCUUCAUGAGGGUUUUGAGAGCUGCCCGGGCGACCUCAACAAAAAGCAGAAGAGAAUCCUAAUGUUGGAGACUCAGAUAAAGAAAAUGUCGAACAGCUGUGACAAAGUGGAUCUAAAGCAUAAAGAAGACAUUGCUCACCUCGAGGAAGAAAUACAGAAAAUCACUGCCAAUGUUCAGGUGACGAACACGGAGCUGGGACUGUUCCAGCAGAAGCUUGAAGAGGAGGUGAAAAAGGACCAGAAUGAGAAAAAAGCCAACCAGGAGGUCCUGAAGUCCCUCAAAACAGAGAUCGAAGACCUGGUGGAGGAGCACAAGAGUCUCACCCGAAAUAUCCGUGAGAAGAAAUCGACCUAUGACGCAAAGCUUAGGGAUUUCUUGGAGCUGAGCAACCAGUCAGCAGCUGAGAAAAUGAGUCUGGAGGAUGAAAUCAGGCGCAGUAAGGCCACGUUUCCCUUGACUAAGAGGAGGUCUAACAAUGCUCAGCUGUCUAUAGUGGAGAGCCAACGGGAUCAGGAUCUGCACAACCUCUACAGAGAGCUGACCCACAACAAGGCUUUGCUCAUCAAACUGGAUGAGGCCAUGCACAGACACCCAAGUGAACACCUGGACCUAAUCAGAAAGGACUGGAGAGCCAGCAUGCAAGAAAUCGAGGAGGAAAUCUCAACUAUUGAGACCAAGUACAAGGAGCAGAUGGAUCAGGUGAAGAAAGGCAGAAGAGUCAACGAGCUUCUUCCAGUCAGUGGUGAAAACCAGCAAGAACCUGCAACUGCUUCAUCAUCUGCUUCAGCCACAAAUGUGGCCCCUCAGUCAUCAGCAGGGGCCUCCGGCAGCUCUCCCCCGCUCACCCAGCAGGCUGCAGCUGAGGCUCCGGCUGCUCCGCCUCAUACUCAGCACAGACCUCCAAACAGGACGUCAGGACCUCUGCACAGCAACACUGUGUUUGAUAAAGCUAUAGAUCGCCUGAGCACCAUGUUCCCAACCUACACCAGGCCAGAGUUGAGUAGGCUUGUUAAGGAGUUGCGUUUGUCCAGCGGUGGAAGCCUGAGCAGUAUGUCCUUACAGGACAUGGUCGGAGGAGUCAGCCAGCUCAUCCUGGACCAUCAGGAAAAACUGAAUUCAGCUGCCAAAUCGAGCCGCACAGGCCGAGGGACUCCAUCUCAGUCCGUCACUCCUCCUUUAGUAAAUUCAGUCCCUGUGUGGCAGCAGCCCGUACCCCAGAGAGCCACGCAGUCCAGCGCACUGAACGUUGAGGAUCCUUGUAUCAUCUGUCACGAUGACAUGAGUCCAGACAACAUCUGUGUGCUGGAGUGCAGACACAGCUUCCACCAUGACUGUAUCCGCUCUUGGCUGAAGGAGCAGAGCACCUGUCCCACCUGCAGAGAUCACGCUCUGCUGCCGGAGGAAUUCCCCGCGCUGAGCGGCCGUAGACGCCAAGCUCCCUAAUAUACCCCCCCCAAUCUUUACUACCUACCUGCAUGCUUUUAUCGUUCUCUUAACCAUGUGUUUGAUUAAACUCCUCCCCUCACAUGCUCUUAUAAUUACGCCUGCUUUUAUCUUCUUUUACAGUAACUGCAUGUUUGAUUAAAACCUCUAAAAGCAGAAAUUUGAGUUAUUUGUAUCUUUAAAGUGUUGUGAUGUGUAGGGAGACUUCAGUUCGAAUAAACAAAUGACUCAUUUUUGA